AUGAGCACCCUUAACGCAUUGAUACUGCAGGCCAUUUACGAGAUCGGAAUGCCCAAUUCCUCGGUGCACGCGUUAACGACCGUAGGAUCCGCCGUUUCACUUGCAAGUGCCUUCAAGUUGCUGAGAAUGGAGGAUCAAGAGGACGGCGACAGCAAGCCGAAUCGAUGGAUGGACCGCCCAGUAGAUUGGGUCGAGGAGGAAGGCCGGCGGAGGGCAUUCCUGAUGGUGCUGAGUCUAAGCCGUUGGAUGGCCUUGAUUCAGGAGCGCGAGAUGGGGUUUCCGGUCAAGCGGGACAUCACCGUCAUGUUACCUAUAAGUGAUGAGGCAUGGUUCGCCGAUCCAGCUUCACGGCCAGUCGCGAGGUCGGUAACCGAACCGAUCACUUCUCUCCGCCACGCGUGCGAGGCAGGUCCGUUUGCCAGGUUCGUACAGGCGCUCGGCUUAUUCGCCAAGGUCAGCGACUUCAACCAGACAUAUCGACUGCGAAGCAGCAGUGAGAACGACGAGGAGUUGUCCAAGAUCGACAGCGUUAUUCAGUCAUAUCUAGGCUCCUUCCCAAGCAGCUGGCGGACAUCUCUGCUUGAAGGUGAACACCUGCUCGACCCUACGACGCUCGCGCUCGCCCAUAGCGCACUACUCCUGCUACACCAUCCCAUUGCGCGCAGAGAAUCGCACGGCUCCUCCAAAACCCGAUGUACCGCGGCGGCGGAGGAAAUUCUCGACGUCGCAUACACAAUCCUGGACGUGCCCAAUACUGGAAACUAUCUACUCCCUCACCCCCUCGUGCUGGCUGCGCGAGUCAGACUACUGGAGUUGGUGCAGCGCAAGGGCCACUAUAGAGGUCGAGACAUGGACCUGAUAGUGAAGGCGCUAUUGACAUUCGGGAAGCACUGGGGCAUGCAAGAGAAACUCACCGAACAUGCUGGCAAGAUCAAAGCCAACACCGUGCCGUUCGGCGAGCCUUUGACUCACGUCAUACCAGUCACGAAGCAACCCGUGUCAAGACAGAAGACCGCGCAGUUCGUCCCCAGCGUGCCCAGACGGCUCGUCGGCAGCAGUGGUUGGGGGUGGGCCAGCACCCUGGGAGGGGACGUUGCGUUAAGCGAUGAACAGGUAGGCGGAGGAGUUCGAAACCCGGGCAACACGAACGUCAGCCCAAGCAAUUCGGGACCGUUGCUGGAUACUAAUCUCAUGGACGCGGCGAUUUUCUCCGGCGACAUCUUCGACUGGACCAUGGGACUUGGGACGGAUGCAAUGGAUACCGCGCCGAUUCAAUAA